UGGAGUGUGGACUUCAGUCUUUUCCCCACCUGUCCGGCGGCCCUUCGGAGCAACAUAGAUAAGAGAUUUUUUUGGGUAUUGCCUGAAUAGUGCAGCAUCACCAGCACCAGCACCAGCGGCAGCAUCACGUCACUACCCACGUCAUCCCAACAGCAGGCUAGCAGCAGCGCCCAGCAGCCUCCCGCCUUCUCAGUCGUGGCUCAGAGCUUGCGUGGCUUGGUUGCCUCAGUGGGUCCUCUCCCGGCUCCUCUUUGCCAGUCGCUCCCCGCUGCCCUCCGCUCCGCCUCGUCCCACCUCUUGCAUUUAUUUCCUGUCUGUCUUUCCUCGCCUCCCACGGUGUUCAUGUCUCCUCAGGUUAGCUUCGUGGCUGCUGUGUGUGGCCGGUCGUUGGAAUAAGCCACUGAGAGAAGUUAGUUUGUGUUUCAAGGAUGGUGAUGAGUUCGUAGCGUCAAUGCCUCGCCGACACUGACUGCAGGCAUCUGUGUCACUAUGAUUGUUUAACGUUAUCUAGUGGCCUCCUGACGACCUGGACGCGCGUGAUGGACCUGCUCGAGGACUUCUCCAACGGUGGUGACGGUGGUGGUGGUGGCGGCGACAUGAAGAACUUCUCGUCUCUGUUCCUGGACGUGAACUCUUCGUACUUUCUGUUCCCGUACAACUCGAAUGGAUCUUUGUACCAGCUGGACUAUGACUACGCCGCAGAGGGACACAACGCAUCGUUGCAACAUUUUCCUGCCCUCGGGGAGUUUGCUAACCCCACUUCGCCAUCUGACACUUCCUCCUUCGCCUCCAAUGCCUCUCUCUUCGCCACCUCCUCCAACUACGCCCCGUACGAGCGCUUCAUGGACGAGUCCCGCCACUGGGUGCAGAAGGUGCUGGUGCCGCUGGUGAUGUGUGUGGGGGUGGUGGGGAAUAGCGUGUCCAUGGUGGUGCUGACGAGGCGCAAGAUGAGGUCCUCCACCAACAACUACCUGACGGCGCUGGCCAUCUCGGACCUGUUGUACCUGGUGUUCGUGUUCUCACUCUCCCUGCAGCACCAUCCCAACAUCAAACAACCCAGACAUUGGUUCUACUGGCAGUACUUCCGCUACGCCCUCUGGCUUACCGACGCCUCAAGCAGCACCUCCAUCUGGCUCACCGUGACGUUUACCAUCGAGCGGUACAUUGCCAUCUCACACCCAAUCAAAGGCAAGAUGCUGUGCACAGUGUCCCGCGCCAAGAAGGUGGUGGCGGUGGUGUACUUCCUGUGUUUCGCCCUCACUGCCACCACGCCGCACGAGUGGGUAGUGGUGACACGACACGAGACGGACACCAAGGAGCCUUACCUCAGCCUCGACUACAGCAGUCUCGGCCAGGACUCCACUUACCGCCACACUUACUACUGGUUCACUGCCGUCACCUUCAUCCUACUCCCGCUGUGUCUCCUCUCCGUGUUCAACUUUUUCCUCAUCCAGGCUGUGAGAAUGAGUAAGCUGACGCGCCGUAAGAUGACGCUGGUGUCUGAGCGGGACCACUACAGCCACCAGCAGGAACACAAGAUCACUGUCAUGCUCAUUGCGGUGGUUAUCCUCGCUCUCGUCUGCCAAAUGCCCACUGCUGUUCUUCUUCUCUACAGCACUGUGUUGGAACCGCCGCCGAGAACCAAGGAGUUUGCUGUCAUGCGAGGCCUCGGUAACAUAUUCAACCUUCUCAACGCUAUCAAUGCUGCAGCCAACUUCAUCCUCUACUGCUCCUUCUCAGACAAGUACCGCAAGACCUUCCUGGUGACCUUCGUGCCGUGUAUGUACCACCAGCAACCACUCGCUCACUCCUUCGUCGCCUCUGUCAACGAUACCACAGUUGGGAACACGCGGAUUGGACGCAGCUCUGACUCCUAUUCCGUGCGGUCAGUGUCUCGUAGGGUGUCCAAGGCCUCCUCCACGCCCUCACCCAUGCCCCCGCGCGACGCCGCCAACCGCACUGCCCGAGGCUCCUUCAGGGGCGAGAACGGCGUGGGUUCCCUGGAUACGAGAGUCACCCUGCAGUAUGGGUUCGGUCGUCCUUCGCACCUGCUCAGCCCGCCCGACCCACACGCCCAUCACAACAGCGCCCACACGCAGGAUCUCGACAACACCCACCACUCCCCCGCGGCCCGUACUAAACACAACCCCCGCGGCAGCAGAUACGGCGGAAAGUGGAGCCCCGAGAGAGGUUUACCUGCCACUCCCAACCACUGCCCGGGUCCCGUGGAAGUGACAAAGGUGGACCUGGAGAUGAGGCCGCGGACAGCAGAGGGCUUGGGCAGACUGCUGGCGGGGACUGACGAGGCGGGGACUGGCGGGCGUGGUGAUCGAGCCUCCCUCAGCAGCGGCGAGAACAGUCCCUUAGAGCUGCGGUUCAUAGACGAGGAGAGCUGUGACACCUGCCGCUCCUCCCCGACGUCCAACACCCGCUUGGAGGAGGAAGGCGAAGGUGUGUCCGAGGGGCGGCUGGCGACACGGGACACUCUUUCCUCCCUCGCCCCUCUCACCCCAGACGCCGCCCAGGAUUCCGAUAUCCACUCCCCAGACUGAGCGGCGCUGCGGACACACUCACCGCCCCGCCCGGCUCACCAAGGCGGGGCGCUAUCAUAUCCAUAGGGUUUAUUUUAGGUUCGUCAUUCUUAAGCGGCAAGACAAUCACACCGCCCACGCCAGUCACACACACACACACACACACACACACACACACACACACACACACACACACACACACACACACACACACACACACACACACACAC